AUAGUUGCUCUGAAUGCUUUGAGUUUUCUUUUUGGAUGAGAACGCCAGUGUGCCAGUAGGGCAGUAAUACUUGCCCUGAAUGCUUUGAGUUUUCUUUUUGGAUGAGAACGCCAGUGUGCCAGUAGGGCAGUAAUACUUGCUCUGAAUGCUUUGAGUUUUCUUUUUGGAUGAGAACGCCAGUGUGCCAGUAGGGCAGUAAUACUUGCUCCGAAUGCUUUGCCUCACUUUGUCUCACUGUUCCUAUCAGGUGGAUGAGCACCUGCGGUUCAUGAUUCUGAUGGAUGGAGUACACCCUGAAAUGGACACCUGCAUAAUUGUGGAAUAUAAAGGCCACGUGAUCCUGAACACAGUGGACUGCACACAGCCCAACGGAGGACAUCUGCCCAGGAACGUGGACUUAAUGAUGAGCGACUUUGCAGGAGGAGCCUCUGGGUUUCCCAUGACUUUUACUGGAGGCAAAUACACAGAAAAAUGGAAGGAGGAUUUCAUAAAGAACGAAAGGAAGAAGCUACUGAAUUACAAAGCGCAGUUAGUGAAGUCUUUGCAGCCCAAGAUCUACUGCCCUUUCGCUGGAUACUUCGUGGAAGCGCAUCCCUCAGAUAGUUACAUCAAGGCCACAAAUGUGAAAAACUGCGUGGAAGACCUGAAUGCACUCAUCUCAAAGCAAGCAGACAGUAUCACCACCUGGACGCCCAAACCUGGAGCAGUUUUGGACCUGGGCCUGACCUUGAGAGACCCCUCUGACAGGGCAGCUAUUACCAACCCACCGCCUGGUACACAGAUCAUGAAGAACAGCUGGAAGUUUGAUCAGUACGUGAACGAGCUCAAUGCUGCUAUUGAUGAAGAGAUAUUCCAGCACAAAGGCUGGGUUCAGUUCUACUACAACUGGGCAGGGUUCAAGGACUACAAUCUUGUUGUGCAGGUUAUUGAAACCGAUGAUGAUUUCAAUCCUAUCCCUAAUGGCUACAACUACUUUGUGGACUUCCUGGACCUGUCCUUCCCCCGACAGAGACCGAAAGAUCGUCCCUAUGAGGAGAUAAAGAAUAGAGUCGGUGUCAUACGGUACGUGGUGAGGCAUGGCUUGCUGUGGGAUAACCUCUACAUCGGCUUCCAGAACAGGCUCAGCAGAGAUCCAGAUGUUUACCACCACCGGUUCUGGAACCACUUCCAAACAAACCUGCCUUUAACGGGUCCAGACUGGGACCUUUUUCUCCAGGAGGUGCAAGACGAGGAGACUGACAUGCAGACUACAGGAAGCAAUGGCUGCAACUUAUCUUAGAUGACUUUACACAUCACUCAGAUGCAUGUAGACAGAACCUGAGAUAGGAACACACUAGGAAUGGGUGUCAUACUGAGAAUCGUACAAUGAAGAUAUUUUAAUUUAAAUCCUUUUUAGUAAUAUUUAUGCUAAUUGCACUAGUUAUUUCCCCCGUAAAUCAUUAUGCUGCAAUCAAUAUUAAUCUAAGUGAAUAACCAUAACCAAUCAUCAAACAAAGCAUUAGACCAUUUUUUCUACAUUGACUUUCCAAACUGUAGCCUACAUCUACUUGUCAGUGAACUACUGUUUUCAUUCUCUUUUGCAAAAUUAUUUUUUAUUUGUCCUUAAACUCUAUGUCCUUGACUACUGUUGUUAGUGCACCUCUCUCAGAUAAGUUGUGCCCUGAUAACUUGAGGAUUCAGAUCAUUUGCACUCGUGGAGCUGUCUCACGGUUGACUGUAAUGCAUCAAUAUUUGCUGUGAUGUGAUUCCCUGACAUACGCAGCAUAUGAAUAACUGCCACAGCCUCGUCUCCCCCCCGACACCUGCCACAGCCUCGUCCCA